AGGAUAAUAAUACCAUGAGGGCGGCAUGUAGCCCGUCCUCCCAGGGACUUGCUCGCCUGCUGCAGGGAAGAGACGGCUGAAAGACGAACCUGCGUGCAGCCGGACAGGUCCAGACAGAUGAGCUUGUGGCAUCCAUUCCCUAAACUCAGGACUUCCACGGAACCCAGUUGGGUCCCACUGUUCCUGAACUACGUUAGUUAAGAUUGACCAAACGCAGAUUUCAAAGGAAUACUGCUCCAUCUGUCACAGCAAGGAGUUGCAGCCAGCUGGAUGACAGGAUGCGCGUGGUCACCAUUGUAAUCCUGCUCUGCCUUUGCAAAGCGGCUGCGCUGCGCAAGGCAGGCCCCAGCGGCGGGGCCAGAAGCCGGGCCACUCCUGGCCGGGCAGGUGGGGGCCGGCGCGCCUCCAGCCUGGUCAGACGCUAUGCGCCAGGCCUCCCCUGUGACGUGUACACGUAUCUCCAUGAGAAAUACUUGGACUGUCAAGAAAGAAAACUAGUCUAUGUGCUACCUGGCUGGCCUCAGGAUCUGCUGCACAUGCUGCUAGCCAGAAACAAGAUCCGGGUAUUGAAGAACAACAUGUUCUCCAAGUUCAGGAAGCUGAGAAGCCUGGAUCUGCAGCAGAAUGAGAUCUCCAAGAUUGAGAGUGAGGCGUUCUUUGGCUUAAACAAACUCACCACCCUCUUACUGCAGCACAACCAGAUCAAGGUCCUGACUGAGGAGGUCUUCAUUUACACGCCGCUCCUGAGCUACCUUCGUCUGUACGACAACCCCUGGCACUGCACCUGCGAGAUAGAAACGCUCGUUUCGAUGUUGCAGAUUCCCAGGAACCGGAACUUGGGGAACUACGCCAAGUGUGAAAGCCCCCAGGAACUGAAAAAUAAAAAACUGCUGCAGAUAAGAUCCGAACAGUUAUGCGAUGAAGAGGAAAAGGAACAGCUGGACCCGAAAUCCCAAGUAGCCGGCAGACCUCUCGUCACCAAGCCCGAGGUGGACUCGACUCUUUGUCACAAUUACGUGUUUCCCAUCCAAACGCUGGACUGCAAAAGGAAAGAGCUAAAGAAAGUUCCAAACAACAUCCCUCCCGACAUCGUUAAACUCGACUUGUCAUACAACAAAAUCAAACAGCUUCGACCCAAGGAAUUUGAAGAUGUGCAUGAGCUAAAGAAAUUAAACCUCAGCAGCAACGGCAUUGAAUUCAUAGAUCCUGUCCAGCUUUCUGCUGUGGCCCGGGAAGGCAGUGAGGAUGGCCCAAGUGCUUGGGUCCCUGCACCUGCAUGGGAGACCAGGAGGAAGCACCCGGCUCCUGGCUUCGGAUCAACGCAGCACCGGCCGUAGCGGCCAUUAGGGGAGUGAACCAACGGAAAGAAGACCUUUCUCUCUCUCUCACUGUCUAACUCUGCCUGGCCAAAAAAAAAAAAAAAAAGCAACAGCAAAUGGAUCCUGCCAUCCACGUGAGAGACCCGGAUGGAGUUCCUCAUUCCUGGUUUCGGCCUGGCCCUGCCCCGGCCAUUGCAGACAUUUGAGGAGUGAACCAGGGACUGGAAGAUCUCUUUCUCUGUCGUCUCUUCCUCUCUCUCUGUUGCUUUGCCUUUCAAUAAAUAAAAUAAAUCUUAAAAAAAAAAAGAAAGAAAGUACAGCCACCCUUCCCCAAGUGAGCCAUCAUUACAUUAGUGUUUAGGCCAGGCACCGGCAGCCAGUUUCCCCAAAGCCAGACCACAAGGUGAAGAAGCUGGAGGUGGAGACCCUGUCUUGCCCCGUGAGAACUAAUGACCUGCAGGACAAGCAUGCCAUGCCAAAGGUCCCUGGGCAAACAUCUAACUGCCUUCUGACUGUUGUCCAAAACUGUAGUUCACCAACUAUUGAAAGGAUCAGCAUGAGGCAGGAGUUCAGCACAGCUAUUAAGACAUCAUUUGGACUAUCACGGUGCCUGAGUUCAAGGCCUGACUGUAUUCCUGAUUCCAGCUUCCUGCCACUGUGCACCCUGGGAGGCAGCAGGUGAUGGCUGAGACACUUGGGUCCCUGUUUCCCAUGUGGGGAGACCUGGAUGGCAUUCCCAGAUCCCAACUUUAGCCUGUUGCAGCCCCAACUAUAGUGGGAAUUUAGGGAAUGAAUCCGUGGAGGAGAUUCUCUCUCUCUCUCUCUCUCCCUUUCUUAUAUAUAAAAUAAAUACAAUGUAUUAAAGUAGUAAAUAGCAGUGCAACAGUGUUCUAAAGAUUUCUAUAUUUACUUAAAAGGCAGAAUGCUAGAGAUAUCUUCCAUCUGCAUCUGCUGGUUCACUCCCCCAAAUGCCUGCAACAGAAGGGGUGGGGCCAGACUGAAGCCAGGAGCCAGGAACUCCAUCAGGUCUCCCACAUGGGUGGCAAGGGCUCAGUUACUUGGGCCUCAUCUGCCGCUUCUCAGGCAAAUUAGCAGAGAGCUGGAUCAGAAGGGCAGAGGAGCUGGGACUCGAACCAGCACUGAUAUGCAGCACGGGCGUCCCUAGUGGUGGCUUAAUCUGCUGUGCCUGGGGCCAGCAUACUGAUGCCUCAGGUGAAGCCACCAUCUGCAAUGCUGGCAUCCAUUUCUGAUCCAGUCCCCUGCUAAUGUACUUGGGAAAGCAGUGUAGGAGACCUGGAUGGCAUUCCAGGCUUCUGGCUUCAGCCUGGCAUAGCCCUGGCCAUUGCAGCCAUUUGGGGAAUGAACCAGCAGGCAGAAGCUCACUCGUUCUCCCUCUCUCUCCCCUCUUAUCCCUCUUCUUCUCUCUCCCCUUCUCCUUCUCCUCCUCCCAUUUUCUGUAACUGCCUUUCAAAUAUAUAAUAAAUGAAUCUUAAACAAAAAAA